AUAAGAUUCUCGAUAACAUCCAACAGUGCAGAUCAUCUCCUCCAAAGACUUAGACAGACACUCUGUCACCAACAUGCUCUUGCUCUUCUUUUUGUUUGGUCUGGCUCUGGGUGCUGUGCCUCCUUCAGAUGACCAUCCAGUGCAGCUACAGCGUGGCAACUGUCCCAUGUUCUGGUUCAGCUUUAAUGGCCGCUGCUACAAGUACGUCUCCACACGUUUGACCUGGGCUGAUGCAGAGCUCUACUGUGUGUCACAGAAAGCCAACCUGGUGGCUAUCCACAGUGUGGAGGAACAUAAUUUCAUCAAAGACCUGAUCAUGAACUUUGACCAUACCCGGGGACCCACCUGGAUUGGACUCAACGACAUCCACAAGGAAGGAGGAUGGAUGUGGUCUGAUGGGUCUGCAGUUGACUUUGUCUUGUGGGGUGCAGGAGAGCCAAGCAACUAUGAUGGACUUGAAGACUGUGCAUACAUCAACCAUGGCACAGAUCUGAAAUGGAAUGAUUAUUCGUGUUCUGAGAAAUUCACUUUUGUUUGUGAAGCUCGUCCAGCUUGUGCUUAACAAAGGAGAAGGUUUUGUCUGACUUAACUCUGUGACUUUCCACCUGUCGUUCUGUAGUAAUACAUUAAGAUUGUAUGAUAAUGAUACAGGUGUAUAUACAUUAAUUGACCUUCACUUUCACUUUCCAUUUUUGAGCCCAUAAAUGUAAACAUGUCAAAGAAGU